ACUGUGCAAGUAAACUCUGUCCAUCGAAAAGUUGAGCUCAUCAGUGAUUUGCGUUUCUUUUCCUUUUUAAUUACAAAUGAUUUUAAGACAAUCUUCACCUUCUCUAUUCAAUUUGAUUGACCAAUAAAUCAAUUUUCAUUUCCAUACUUUUCUGUGUUUUCAAUUGAAUAAUUUAAUUUGUUUAACUCUUGUGUUAACCCACUUUUGUCACAAUGAACUUCACACAUUUCUCAGUGUUUUGCCUUCUCUCCAUACUUUUAACGAUCAACUUUACCCUGGCUGACCAUGAUCACAUCCGUCAUCUAUUCAACCUCAACAACCAUCAGAAAUAUGAAUUUGCCAAGAAAAUUGCUGCCGCUCUUUUGGUUACAUAUCGAGCUAAAAAGUUUGUUCUUCCAUUACCAUUUCCAAUUCCGAUUCCAGUCCCGGUCUUUGAAACGUACCAACCUGUCGUGGCUGAUCCUUUGUUUUUCAAAUGGUUGACGGUUAAAAAUCAUUUGGCUGGACAUGGUGGACUCCAUAAUCUUGGAGUCGGUGGACUUAGCGCUGGUUAACUUUUCCAUUAGCAAAAUAUAUCCAAAAACCGGUCUUAAUCAUCUCAAUUUGUUUUAACAAUAACAAAAAUGUAAGCGCCAGCAUGAAUAAACAUUCAAAGUAAUGAUCAUGAUCAUCUUCAUUAAUUGAACUUUAGAUUGGGGGAAAGGUAAGGUUUCCUUGCUACAAUGUUUUCAUUUCUGGUGAGGUACAAUAUUUAAUUAAUUAAAGAUGAUGGAAGUAAUUUAAAACAAGUUUCCAGUGUUGAAUAUGAGAGGUUUGAAUGUUGGAGCAGCUUUUAAACUGUCAAGGUGUUUAAAGGUUCCUUAGUGGGUCCCCUGGUGAAAUGGAUAUUCAAUCGGGGAAGAUGUAAGUAAGUAACAUUCAGAGUUCCAUGGUAAGCUAAUUUUGGUACAAAAAUAGACUGAUUAUCAUAAAUGAAUCCGAUAGAGUUGAGAGAGUUGAGGGUAAAUUGAGCGUUAACUGUUGGAGUCAUCAUUCCAAAAACCGUAAAAUUUACGGUUACUUCUUGAAAUAAAUCUGCUCGGUUUUUUGAUCGGCCAUUUUAUGUUAAACUAAGGUGAGUGCUUUUGAUGGCUAAUUAAAUCUUGCCCUCUAACUCAUUAACAAUAAAGUUUAUACUUU